CGGCAAAUUCGUUCACGCUAUUCGUAGCCAGACUUGACGUUUUUAGUCUAGAUAGAACAAGCUAGUCAUGUCUGAAAAGGAGCUUGGAAAGAAGUUGGACCAAUGCAUUGCAGAUAGCGUGGUCAAACUUGGUGCUGGUCUGGGCCUUGGAAUCGUAUUUUCAGUCGUAUUCUUCAAACGACACACAUGGCCAAUUGCAUUUGGAUUAGGAGGGGGCCUUGGCAUGGCCUAUUCAAACUGCCAAAAUGAUUUGAGAUCCCAAUAUCUACAACACAGAACCAAGGAGCAGUAACGACAUGUCAACAAGCACCGUCGUCUUUUCUCUCAAGUUAUGUGGUGGCCAUCUCUUGCACUCUUCUUUAUUUAGGCUGUGUCUGUUAACUGAACUUUAAUUUGAACUUAAUUAUGAUGUGUAUAUGCCCUAAUCAAACUGAAUCAGUUUUUAUUUAAUAAAACAUAAAAUCAUGAA